AAAUGUAUAUUUUCAAUAAAUAUACUGUUAAUAAAUUGUUGGUUUAUAUUUAAAUACAAGUUUAUUUCGAAAACGUGAUCAGGCGAAUUGCUGCUGCUCUACUACAUGGAUUUGUAAUAAAUCUACUGAUUCCUGUAGCUAAAAGUGAAAUGCCCGAUAGUAUGAACGCAAUUCUCAUCAAAUGCCCCGAAAACAAUUCAAACCAAUCCUGCGAGACGCAAUUGAUUGUCAAUAUUCACAUGAACCCAAGCUUCGAUUUGGAAAACACGGAAAAGUUUUGGGUGGUCGACAAGGUCUAUGAUCCCUCGAAAGGAAGCACUUCCAAAAUAAUAUCUCCGUAUCUGAUUGUGGUUAGCAGGGGUGAGCCUGUUGUUAUGUACCCACUUCGGUUUCUAAAAUCAAUAGAUAAUGAGAAAAUAAACAUGAAGCCCUCAGAAGAAGUCAAUAAUAGUGCGGAACUUGGUGGUUCCCCAUCCUGUACGACUAAUGAAGGCCAACUUGAAACGAAUAUAAAAAGACAGGAGUUGAAAAACACGACCAGAUCGAAAAGAAAUCACUUUCCACUCUUUGCCGCAGGAAAAUCGAUGAUUUCAAACAUUUUCGGUACGAAUAGGGACAAGAAAAACAUAAAACCUCGUCGCAGGGAUAAAAGAAUCAAUGAUCACCAGCAAAAGGACCUUUCAAGCCUUGGACUUGUUCAAGUUUUGGAUACUGCUGUAACAAAAAAUUACCUAGAUUCCCCUUACGAUUUUUUACACCCAUUAAAGGAUACACAGAGUAAAGAACUGGAUAAACAUAACUUACUUAAAUGGCACGAUCACUAUAUUCCUAAAUCGAAGUCUGAAGACCUUUCAAGAAAUAGUCAAAUGAAAAACAAUCAAAAAGACAGUUUAAAGAGUUUGAACAUCGCAGAGGAUAAUGAUAAACUAUUUUCCCAUGAGAACUCAAAAAGCCGCAAGUUACAAAAUAAUGAAGGCAAGCUUAAGAUGUACACAAAUUACGAAAAAUCUGAGGAAGAAUCAGUGCCCGAUUAUGUUUUAUAUGAUCGAAUGGCGCAGGAAUCUAGAAGAAAACAAAUAAAAGAAAGUUUUGAUAAGAUCUAUGUACCACCAAGGAAAAGUAUGUUUAAAUCGAAUGAAUUUUCCAACGGGGAAGAUCACGAAAGUAAUAAGUACAAGUCACCUCCCAAAAAUGUAAAUGAUGCACAAGAGUUCCCAUAUGAAAGUGUAGAUAAUCAUUUUCCGAGUAGGAAAAGUGUUCCACAUAAAAUGGAAAAUGAAAAAUAUAAUUUUAUAACAUCUGGUGAUCGGAAAACAAAUAAUCGUGAAUUUCCAAAUGAGAGGGACACUAAUUACUUAAGAUCGCCUUCUAUUGGUAAAGUUUAUGAUUUUCCACAGGGAAGUAAAAACCACAAUAAAAAUAAUAAGCCACUUUUGGAUGACAGCUAUAUACCGCAGGAAAGGAAAUAUAAAAAGAAAAACUUUAAAGGAUCUAAUAGACAAUAUAAUAAACUCGAUAUGCCAUUGGAUGCUGAAAAGGAUCUCUAUUAUUACAGGACUCCAGUCGAAGGUCAAUCGAGUGUUAUGGAUUUUCCUGGUGAAAUAGAAAAUAAGAUAAAUAAUUAUAUGGAUCCAAACGGAUUUUCACAGGAAAAGGCUUAUGAUAAUAGCAUUUCCUUUGGAAAUGAUUUCGAAAGUGGUAAUGAAAACCUAAAUUUGAACGCACCCAAUAGAAAUUUGUACAACCAGAAUUUUAACUUUGAUACAAAAUUAGAGUAUCCAAGUUUGCCUGAAAACAAUGUUAAUGACUUUUCAUGGAGCCAUGGAAACAUUGGAGACGAAAGCCUUAAUUCUAUUGUAAACCGUCAUAUGAAACAAAAACUUCCAGACAACUUUGAGGUCAGAAAUAGUUUGAAUGCGCCAAAUGAUUUGCAUUUGGAUUACUUUAAGCCAGUUAGUAGCCAGAAAUAUUUGGACUUCGGUUCCAAGCAGAAGAUAAAUCCCUAUCUGACGUACCCGAAUACCAAUUCCUACAAGACGUUUCCACGUUCAAGAAACCUGAGAAGGAUGAAACGAGGUGGGCUUCAAGAUCGUCAUAGGGAAAAUGGUGAAGAUUCGCGUUUGGAUCCAAAGUAUGAUAGCGAUCUUGAAUCUUUGAAAGCGCUGAACUUGAAGCACUUGGAUGAUAAUGGGGAGAUUCCAUGUGACACGUGUGGGGGCAAGAAUAAAAAGAAGGAUGAAAAGCCCCGAACAGUAUAUAGUAUUGCCUUGGCAGAACCGAAAAGUUUAGAAAGUAAAAUUGAGAAUGGGAACCCCAAAAUUGAUGAUGCCGUUCCUUGCGAUACGUGUGGUGGUAAAAAUAAGAAGCCAGGAGGGAAACCCUUGCCUGGUGGAUUGCCCCCUGAAAUCAACAGCUUAAAUGCUGCAAGUGAGGAGCGACGGUUACCCGACUAUAUGAUACCCUGCGAAAGCUGCAAGACAAGCAAUAGGUAUACAGAAGGCAACCUGGACUCCGCAUCCUGCGGCUGUGUUACCAACCCAAAAGUGUGCAGUUGUGAAUCCUCUAAGUUAUCCCGGGCCUUAAACGAUAGUUUAAAGGAAUGGAGCUAUACGGUCUUUAAUAUGAAAAAUCCAGUUCCCUUUUUAAGCACCAAGCUGCGUGUUUUUAGAAGGCGUCACAACACGUGGUGGCUGGUUGUUCCGAUAGUAACGCUUGAUAGUGUAUCAGGCAUAUUUGCAAAUGCUGACUUUUCGGCCGUGUUUACCUCCCACAUCGAUAUGCUUCGCCUGGAAAAGUCAACAGGCUUUUCUAAUCGAAAUUUAGCUGUUCCUAAGGAAAAUGAGAAUACAUUUGCUAGAAAACGACAUGCGAUUACCUUAAAAGAUCUACAAAAAAAUAUUGGGAAUAGUGUUCUGCUCGAUGAGUCAAAUAAGGACGUAUCAAUUCGGGAAAUAAAAAACUCUUGCAACUUAAAGAUUCAAAAUGAAGAAAGUAUUAAAGGCCAAGAACCUAGAAGCAUCAAAGGAUUGGGAUAUUUUCCAGUUUUUAUGAAUGCGCUGGAUAAUUGUCCACAUAAGGACAAAACCCUAUGCCUAAAUAUUCGGGAAGAUAAAGUACCAGGUGAAUUUAGUAUAAAAGUGAAGAUACCUUUUCGGGAAAAUGCUCUUGUGAUGCGAAAUCAGCAUAUGGUGAAAAUAUCAAGGAUCAUAACCGAUGCAACGACGAAAGAUGCACUACAGAUUUCGAUCGAUGUUAUAAACAAGGGAUUUGAAGCACAGGAAUUCACCAUAUUUGUUUGCAAUUGCGACAUUUUAAAAAGUGGAUCCACAUCGAACAGUGCCAGAAGAUUACUUCAACCGGAUAUUGGACAAACCGUCACUUUUUUGGUGCCUUUGAUAGUGGGCUCGAAGAAAAACAAGAAAUACAGCUGCGAUGUGAUGGUUAAGGCCAGUACAGAUUACGAUGAGAGUGAUAUGAAUCUGCGGAAACCCGUUGACCCAAAAGUAGGAGUUGUGGCCAAAAGAACUAUGGACAUUAAAUGCCACUCGAGGUGCUUUUGUGUUUGGCGUUGUCGAUGUCACUGCAUUGGAAAGCUGGAAACGUUCAUAAACUACAAUGCCUGUGAAAGAAUGGAUCCCAAGUCCGAAAAGGACGCUGGACUCAUCUACAACUGUCCACCUGGCAACGAGCCAAAUGAUGUGUGCAUCAAGGAUGUUUGUAGCGAUCGAAAUGAUGAGAUCACUUGCAAUCUCACCUGUAAAGUCAUUGCAAUUACACUGCUCAUUUUGUUCUUGCUGUUUUUAUUGGGACUUUUAAAGGCCAUCUUUGGCAUCUGCAUUACUUGCAUAGGACGUUGUGGCUUCGAUACAGUGCAGCCUGGCAGGAAAUACGAAUGCACAUCCUGCAUAAGGAUCUUCUUGGUCAACUGUUUCUUCUUCAUCAUAUAUCCCUUUGCCUGUUGGUGUAAGUGCUUCCGACCAAAGGCGAAGGACCUCAUAGAAGCUAGCUCCGAUUGGGACUGCAUUUCUCAAAGCGACGAAACACCCGAAUGCUCCUGUGAUAAAAGGGAGUCCAAUUCGAGUUGCCGACUUCAUGGUGGCCAGGAUCUACAAAAUAAUUUAAUGCUAGCCUUUGCUCCAAUGCAUGAAAAUGGUCUCUUCAAGGACGAAAAGUCCGACGACGAGGAGAGCCAUCUGUUUAUCCUAGAAGUGUUGGAGGAGAGCAAGAGUUCCCUGACCAAAAUGAUGAGUCAGGUCCUGGAUCCUGUUCAGAAUGUUGAGCAAGCCACUGAAAGUAAUGCCGAUGAUUUAGCGGCCGAUGAGUUUGUGGAAUGCCUGAGGAACUCGCAGGUGGCUUAUAGGACAUUGAGUUCGCCAGUGGGCGGAGUAGUCGACAUCCCGGACAACUAUCAGUAUUGCGUGAAAGGAUUCUUUGUGCAAACUAUAAGCUCGAACUUUGAAUUCAUGAGCUAUCAUCCAUUGUCACAGUUUGUGGGAGUCACAGAAGAGAACGAAGUCAGGCCUCUGUCGCAUCCUCGAUACAUCCACUCUGAUGAAUUCUCCAGAGUUUACGCUAAUAAAAUGGAGGUUCACAAGGCAGCAGAUCUCUCAGUGGUUCCUCCAAUGAAUGUUCCUUGUAUCAACAUCGACCACGGAAACCACUUGGAGAGUUCCUUUGUUAAACUCGCAGCGCAACAGGAAAAAAUGAAAGCAAAUCAGACCUAAGCAUUAUAGUCGUAGCUUAUUUUAUUAAAUUUUUAAUAAUUUACAUUCUUAAGUUGUACGUUAAUUCAGUGGAACGUUGUAUGC